AUGGAGGAGAACCGGAGACAGGAUAGAGCGUGGUUCACUGGUGGGAAAUACCAUGUGAAGGUUGUCAUCAUCACCUUAAAAAUGUACUCGCCAGCUACAAUUUCUGGAGCAGCUGACACUUUUUUUUCUGACUACAGACUUGCAGAAACCACAACGCUUGGAACGACUUGGAAGUCAUUGCAUGCAUCGGCUGUUUCAGACCUAACAAAAUCUGCAGAAUUUACCAUAGCAGAUGACUCUAGAGAUCAUUGCCAAUAUGAAGAGGUUCCAGCGGAGGAUGAAUUUAGUCUUCAGGAAGAUGACGAGGAUCUGUCGGAGGCUUUGCAGGCUAUUCAAGAGCAGGCUGAAGAUGCACAGAUUUUAGCUUUGCAACCAAGUCUGACUUCUGAGAAAUCAGUGUCUGAAAUACCUGAAGCAAUGGAUGACUACUUCUGCAAUUUCCUGGUCAGACUGGGAAUGUCCAGAACCCUUGACUGCUUCCAAACUGAAUGGUAUGAACUCAUACAGAGAGGUGUGGUCACAGUCAAAGAUAUUGGAUUGGUUCCAGCUGUGUAUACCCGCAACCAGCAACUUGAGGCUGAGAACAUGCAUCUGAGGAAAGAUUUGGAAAACUAUAAACUUGCUGCAAACAAAGCAAAAGAGGCUUUGCUAAAAAUGCAGAAAGAACGUGACUUCCAUCGGAUGCAUCACAAACGAGUGGUCCAGGAGAAAAAUAGGCUUAUCUGUGACAUUAAAAGGCUGAAGGCACAUUAUGCAUCAUAUGAACCAGUGCUGAAGCAAUUGACUGAAAAAUACCAGACUACACUGAGACAGAAAAUGUUAACUAGUUUGGAGAGAGACAGAGCAGUUGGACAGGUUACAGGUUUGCAAGCCACAUUACAAAAUUUAGAGUCUGGAUGUGCUAUUCAGCUUCCUGUGACAAAAGCCAGCCAUGGAUGUCAAAGGAAGAACAGGUUCGAAGGCCCCACCCAGAAGGCUCUUCAGGAAGCCAGGCAGCAAAACAUCCUGGGUGCUGAAAGCUCUUCAUACGAUCCAGUCAAAGAUGCAGAGAAGAAGAUAGGCAGGAGGUAUCCAAAGGAUUCAGCGUUCACUGUUGAUACUGAAGUGAACCCAUACCUUGUGUGUGCUAAAGAGUAUACUCAGCCCCUGAAAUCUGGAGAGUGUAAACUGACCAAUGUUUUAGAAGUGCACGACUUAGCAGUGAGCUGCUUGGCUUUACAUCCCUGAAAAGACAUUGUAGUCACUGGCAGUGAUGACCGUCUCUGGAAAAUGUGGGCUUUACCUGAUGGGAACAUCAUCAUGACAGGGGAAGGUCACACUGAUUGGCUUUCAGGUUGCUGCUUCCAUCCAAGUGGCGCCCAGUUGGUCACUUCAAGGGGGGAUACCACAGUGCAGAUACAGGACUUUUCAAAACGUUGCUGCAUUCUGACUUUAGGAGGACAUGCCCAGGCUGUAUGGGACUGCUCAUGGCAUUCAUGUGGUGAUUUCAUGGCUUCUGCCUCCAUGGACAAUACAAGCAAAAUAUCGGAUAUUAACAGUGAGAGAUGCAGAUAUACAAAGCGUGGCCAUAAAGGUUCAGUCAAUAGCAUUGAGUUUCUUCUUUUCUCCAACACUGUUCUCACCAGCUCUACUGACAAGACUUUAACUCUCUGGGAUGCCAGAAUG